AUGCUGGCAACUAUUCGCGCCGAAGUGGCGCAUGAAGAGCAGGAGGAAGAGGAGAUCAAGAAGAAGGCCAGCAGAACUUCCCUCGGAGACGCAGUGACGGCUGACCACGUAGCGGAAGUAGUGGCGCAGACCACGGGAAUCCCGGCGUCGACGCUGAUGGAGGGAGAGAAGCAACGUCUGCUUAAGAUGGAAGAUCACCUCAAUCAACACGUGAUCGGCCAGGAAGAAGCUGUCAAGGCGGUGAGCAACUGCGUUCGUCUCGCACGCGCUGGCCUGCACGCUCACAACCGUCCGCUAGGCGUCUUCAUGUUCCUGGGUCCUACUGGUGUGGGCAAGACGGAGUUGACUAAGUCUCUAUCGGAGUUUCUCUUCCAGACUCCGCAGGCGUUGACGCGCAUCGACAUGUCCGAGUACAUGGAAAAGUUCAACGUGAGUCGUCUAGUGGGCGCUGCCCCUGGCUAUGUGGGCUUCGAGGAGGGCGGUCAGCUAACGGAAGCUGUGCGUCGAAGGCCCUACCAGGUGGUGCUGUUCGACGAGUUCGAGAAGGCUCACCACGAUGUGAGCAACAUUCUGCUCCAAGUGCUUGACGAAGGUCGUCUGACUGACUCUCAGGGUCGCCUAGUUGACUUCCGCAACACGGUUAUUAUCCUCACGAGCAAUCUGGGUUCGGACCUUCUCGUGAACCUGCCUGAAGAUGCCCCGAGUUCCAUGGCGGAAGCUGAAGUGUUGAUCGUUGUGCGCUCCCAUUACGCACCGGAAUUUCUCAACCGAAUUGACGAGCUGGUACUAUUUAACCGUCUGAAGCGCGAUGACAUUCGCGCGAUUGCAGAUUUGCAGUUGCGUGAAGUGGAUCAACUGCUGGAAGAGAAGGAGCUGACGAUGAACGUCGACCCGGAGGCGGAGGAGUGGCUGGCGGAAGCUGGAUACAGUCCGCUCUAUGGCGCGCGUCCGCUCAAGAGGCUGAUUCAGCAGAAUCUACUCAACCCGAUGGCGGUGAAGUUGCUGGAGGGGGCGGCUGGUCCUGGUCAAGUUCUCCAUGUUAAAAAGAACCCAAAGUAUGAGGAAGAACUCGUGAAAGAUCCCAAAACCGCCAAACCGCUGCUCAUUUUUGUUGGAUAAAAAGUAGCGAUGCACAACUUAUCAAUGAUCACAAUAAUGAUCACCGGUUCAGUACGCAUUUAAUAAAACACAAUUUUGAUCGCAA